AUGAACGAACGAACAAAGGUCAUCGGAUGGAUCAUCACGUUCAUUGCUGCGUGCACAAUUGGCUCAUGGAUUCACUUGGUCUGGGUCGAUAUCUUUUAUAACCUCUUUAUCAUUCUCGGAGCCUCAUUGGCAGUUGCCACACAAUCUGUUCACAACUAUCGUCUGGUCCUGUUGACCUUCAUCGGAGGAUCCCUUACCCUUAUCUUCAUCAGCAUCGAUUCCACCAUCAACGUCUCUCAUUCUUCAAAGCUCAGUGCCGCCGCCGCUGGUCUCCUGAUUCAGUCCUUUGUUCUCAUCUUUUGGGUGAUUUACUUUGGAGCAGAGGAGGACUCGUUGGCACUGCGCACGAUUAACGGAUUCACGAUCCCAAGGGCUCACGGUGCUGCGGGUACGGGUGCUUCGGCUCCUAAUGGCGUAACCAAUGCGACUCAGCCCCAAGACAAUAACAACUUGAGCUCGGUUGUGGUGGCAGCAUCGUCGGACUAUGCAUACAAGGCCCGCGCAUUGUACUCUUACGAGGCCAACCCCGAGGAUGCCAACGAGCUGGGAUUCGUCAAGGGCGAGGUUCUGGACAUUGUUGACAACAAGGGCAAGUGGUGGCAGGCUCGCAAGCAGGACGGCACCGUUGGUAUCGCACCCAGCAACUACCUCCAGCUUAUUUAA